GUCAGGGUCAAAUAACUCUCAUUGUUCUCUAGUCCUUUUUUGUUUUUAUUGUUCAUAAAAAUGCUUCAUUUCAAUAGGUAAAAACUGCAAUGAUAAAGCUCUGUUUAUGUGGCUCUGGCCCUCAUAACCACUCAUGUUAAUGUAGUGGUGCUAUAGGGUCCAACUAGGCCUUAAUGAGAGGAUUCAUUCUUGGUUAUGAAUCGAUCACCAGAGGAAGUAAGAAACAUUUAAUCAACUUCAAGAACACAUUUAAUACAAUUUGAUAUAGUAAGACUUUUUUCUAAAGCAUCACUGAGGAAAUUAACUUAACAUUUUACACAGAACAGGGAAGUGAGGAAGAACACCCCCUCAAUGUAUACUAUCUGGGUCGUAGGUGUGGACUUAAGCGUAUAGGGGAGAGAGAAUAUUGUGAGUCAGGGUUUUGUUUCAAGGAAGUGGGUUGAGUUAUUUAUAUUUCAACACUUGUCCUCUAGUACCCAGUGGAGGACCUGUGUUCGUAACCUUAAACUUUAUAUUUAAACAUUGUCUUAUUCUAGAUGUGUUGCAGUGAACACAAACUACUGUGGGAAUUAGACUGAGAGGAACAAGUGAAGGUUUAUGGCAGAAAAUCAAAAAACAUAUACAAUUGGAUGGAUAGAGAGUGACCCUGAGAGGAUCCUCUCUUUGUUGGAGAACGUUGUAAUGAAGAUCCAUGAGAAUAUUUUAACCCAUUACCUAUCCUGCACCUCACGGAUAGAUAAAGAAGGAUAUCUCUACAAAAAGAAAGAGAGGACCUCCUCCUACCAGAGGCGCUGGUUUGUCCUGAAAGCCGAUCUCCUGUUCUACCAGGAGCGUCCGGCAGAUCGAGACCUGCUGGGGGUUAUUGUCCUAGAGGGCUCUGCUGUCCAGCGCUGUGAGUCUGAGGGAGGACUGUUUGCCUUCUCCAUGGUGUUCAGAGGUUCAGGGCUGAAAACCUACGGGCUUGCUGCUGAGAACCAGCUGGGCCAGGAGAGCUGGGUCAAAGCCCUGCUCACAGCCAGCCACUGCUACCUUUCACUGCUGGUCAGAGACCUGGGGAAGCAGUAUGAAGAGGCUAAACGCCAAGCUGGCCCUGCUGAAUCCCAUCCACGAACCACUGUGACUGGUCCAGGCUCAAUGUGCCUUACCCAAUCCAUGACUUACCUGAACUCAUGCUCCUCCUCCUUCCUCAUGCCAGGACCAGCGAGGAGAGAAGGGGGAAGCCACAGUGCCAGUAAUGUAUUACAAGCCCCUCCAAUCCCCAGCAACGUGAUCAAUAAGAGGUCCCCUAAGCAUUGGCCCAAGAGAAACUCACAUGUCACACCGAUAAAUGGACCAGCACCACCAUAUGGGGAAUGGCCACAAGUGGACUUUGAUCCUCUAGAGGAUUUCACCAAGCUACAUGAUUACUAUGGAGAGGAGGUGAAGCAGCUGAGAGCUGAUUGGCUGAGGAGGAGGCAGGUGGAAGAGGAGCACCUUGAGGAUCUCAUUGACCUGAGUGAACACUGACCCACAGAGAUCAGACAGUCACCACUCUGGUUAUUUUGACGAGGACUUUGGUGUGAAUGCCAGUAAUCUGAAAUAAGAAAGGGACUUUAUAAUUUGAGGAACUAGAGCAUUAAAGAAGAACUAGUCACCUAGUUCAUCAUGAUGGGAUUAUAGUCUUAUGAAGUUGAUGAUGACCCUCAGAAUGUCUUGUCACAAAGCAGAGACUCAUAGGACUAUCACCCUUAGUGGUGUUGCAAACAACCGGAUCCAUCCGGGUUCUCAGGGAUAUAGCCCUGAUGUGGGAACUCUGCUCGGGUGUUUCUUUUGCACCUACUAUGUUAGGUUAUAGGACUAUAAUCGGGGUGGCAGGGUAGCCUAGUGGUUAGAGCGUUGGACUAGUAACUGAAAGGUUGCAAGUUCGAAUCCCCGAGUUGACAAAGUACAAAUCUGUCGUUCUGCCCCUGAACAGGCAGUUAACCUACUGUUCCUAGGCCGUCAUUGAAAAUAAGAAUUUGUUCUUAUUUACAAAAAAAUAAAAAAAUAAAAAAAUCAGCUCAUGCUGUAUACACAGGUGACUGGGUGACUGGUUCCUCUUAAACUCUCUAGUUCCUCAAAUGAUAGUCACUUACUUAUUUCAGAGUACUGGCAUGCCUACUGGUUUGUCUGUUACUGUUUGUAAAUUAUCAUUAAAAUCACUGGUAUAUUUUCAAGGUAAUAUUGAUGGUAAGUGGGAAGCUUAACUUUCUGUCAGCAAUCAGGGUAGUUAUGCAAUAUUGAAGCAAAGAGCUUCCAGUCGAAGCUCGCAUCUACUACAAGACCAUGGUGCUAAUCUACGGAAUAGCAAGAUAAACUGCCCCUCUCUACUUUCAGGCUAUGUUCAAAACCUACACCCCAACCCUACUCCGCUCUGCCACCUCAGGUUUCAUGGCCCUCCCACCCCUACAGGAGGGCAGCUCUCGAUCAGCCCUGUCCAAGCUCUUCUCUGUCCUGGCACCACAGUGGUGGAACCAGCUUCCCCUGAAGCUAGGACAGCAGAGUCCCUGCCCAUUUUCCACAAAAUCUGAAACCCUACCUUUUAAACAGUCACUUAAAUAAACAGUAUCCUCACCUCGACCCCCCCCCCCCCAAAAAACACACAAAAAACAACAACAACAACACAGCAACACUUCAUCAGCACUUGACCAGCUCUGCUUCUACUGAUAGCUAUGUUAUUGAGGAAAUAUGUACUUUAUAUUCCUGUGAUAUGUGGUUGUCCCACCUUGCUGUCUUAAGAUGAAUGUAGCUCUGGAUAAGAGCGUCUGCUGAAUGACUAAAAUGUAAAACGCAAAAACAUCCUUGUGAUGUGUUAAACAUCAUAUAUAUUGAUGUGUUGUUACACACUGUCAAGUAAAGGCUUCACAUCCCCGUUUAACAAAAUAAUAAGUUACAGUGCAGCACUAUAUAAUUAGGUGUAUAUCCUUCAUGUUAAAUGUAUCCAUUAUUUUUAAAGCAACUUUAAUGCGCCAAAGGUUGAUGGAGCUCAGCCAUGCUGUACCACCAGAGGGUGCUACAAACACUAGCUGUGAAUUAAACCAUUAAUGUCCACUGAUUAAAAAGUGUGACAAGACUAAUUUUAAUUCAAUCAUAAUAUUGUUAUAGAGAGAGAUGUAAGUAUCAAAGAGCCCUCUCUGGUAUUGCCCUGAUGGGACAUCCAUCCACCAGCCAACAUGUAACACAUACAGUUGAAAAACCAAGAGAUGAAAAGUGAGCUAAUAUUAACAGGACCAAUGUAGUCUCUCAUGACAGAUGUGAGAUUUGGAUCUGGGUUCUGAGAUAAGGAUAUAUGAGGAUUAAUAUAAUGUACACUUAUGAGACACCAGUGGUAAAAUAAACAAGUUACAUAUUUAAGAAUAUCAGAUCAACGGAUCAAACUGAAGUUCACACAGUGGCAGGUAUCCUAGCAGUAAAGAGCAUUGGGCCAAUAACCCAAAGGUUGCUGGGUCAAAUCCCUGAGCUGACUAGGUAAAAAACCUGUGAAUGUGCCUUUGAGCAAGGCUCACAUCUAUAUUUGCUUAGGGUCAGCUAAAAGUUGAAACUUUAAGUUGAAGUGUGAAAGUGGUUUUCUAUGUGCGUCUCAAAGAUGAGACUUUGGCUUCACCACAUAGCAGAAAUUCAUACCAAUCAUCUAGAAUGUGAUAGAUUUGACCAGGGGAGCGUGGAAGUGUGUCACCUUACACAAAGCACAUACAUCUGUAUAUUAACACCUCCUCACACUGUGACAGGAUAUAAGCAAGCCAUAAGGUGUAACCCAGGGCUGUUCAAUUCCCUUCCUGGAGGGCCAAAACACUGUUUCUACCUGGUAGUUAAUCACACUCACCUGGUGUCCCAAGUCUGAAUUAGUCCCUUAUUAGAAGGAGAGGAUGAAAGUCAGAAGUAUUUCGGCCCUCCAAGACCGACAUUGAACACCCCUAGUAACCUGUCUUAUAAUAAAGUAGGCUAUGUGCACUCUAUAUAAGGAAGUAUGGGGUCCUGUUACAGAACUGUGUGUAGAUAAUGUAUGGUACACCAUAUGACCAAGCAUCCUUGAAUGUAACUUCCCUGGUUAAAUAAACUAAAGGAUCAUUAAAAAUGACUUUACUUUACACUUUACCAUGUCAAUAACAAGGCAGAUCAGAGGUCAUAGAACAACACAGACAACCGACGGCAGGUUACAGGCCCUACCCUAGUCUCUGGGGAAGCUUCUCACCUGUCUGGCGGCACUUUGGGUUUAAGUUGUUUAAAAAAAAUAAAAAAUCAAAGAGCGGAAUAUAUAAAAACAACUAGAAUAGUGGAUGAACUAUGGAUGGACAGUUUUAAAAUUGAUGAUGAGUGGGGGGGCAGACAAGUUUCCUUUGCUAUUUUGGUCUUUCUCAGCUGUCCCUCAUAUAUAUUCUCCUAAGAGCUCCUCCUGCACCCUCAACCCCCUCCCUGUGAUCCCCUCCAACAUGGCAUUAGGAGUAGAGCACUUGAGGAGGGAGAGAGCUGGUGUGUGUGUUUUUGUUUAUGAGUCCACAAGGAAAAAUGCUAUUUUAGGCUUACGGGUUAGGUUUUGGGUUAGGGUUACAAUUGGGGUUAAGGUUACAAUUAAGGCUAGGAGUUAUGGUUUGAUAUAGGUUUAAGAUUAGGGGUUUAGGAAUAAAGUUAGGGUUACG